CCAGAGGCUUCAGUUCGGGUUUGCCAGUGAACUCGAAGGGAUGGCGACGCGCGGAAGACAAGUGAGGGCCUCGGAGCUGCCCAGCGCCUGCAUCUCGCGCAUUUCCAGACGCACCUACAGCUUUUCCUUUGACCCCAUCGUCGAGAGCAGGGUCCUCGUCCUCUACACCGGCGGCACCAUUGGAAUGGUGCGAAACAAUAGUGGAAUUUUGGCACCGACUGCGAACGCUCUGGUGCAUUCUUUACGCCGCUACCCUGACCUGCACGACGAGACCUACGCCCAGGGCAAAUUCAAAUCUGAAACAUCCGACGCUCCCUUGGUCCUUCCGCACAUCGAGGGAAAGCGACGAGUCAUCUACUCCAUCUUGGAGUACGACCCCUUACUAGAUUCCAGCAACAUGACCAUGGAGGACUGGAGCCGAAUGGCUGAGGAUAUCAAGCGGUUUUACACCUUGUUCGAUGGCUUCGUCGUUCUGCACGGAACAGACACCCUGGCCUUCUCAGCCUCUGCCCUGUCCUUCAUGCUGGAAGGCCUUUCAAAACCGGUUGUUAUCACUGGAUCGCAAAUUCCGAUGGUGGACGCACGCAGCGACGGAAAAAGCAACUUCCUCUCCGCGUUGGUUUUGGCAGGAAACUGCGAGAUCCCCGAGGUCACGGUUUUCUUCGGGGAGGUCCUUCUGAGAGGCAACCGGACGGUGAAGGCAAGCGUUGGCUCCCUGAGGGCCUUCACCUCCCCCAACUGCAGACCUUUGGCAACUGUGGGCGUCAGAAUCGAAGUGGAUUUCAAGAGCAUCAUCAGGCCACCGCGAAUAGACACUUUCACCGUCCACUCGACCCUGAACCGAAACGUGGGCCUCCUGCGGCUCUUCCCAGGCAUCACCACGCAGAUGGUGCGCGCCUUCCUGCAGCCACCCCUUGAAGGCGCCGUCCUACAGUCCUUCGGCGCUGGAAACGUGCCUUCGAACCGUGAAGACCUGCUGGCCGAGUUCAAGGCAGCCACCUCGAGAGGAGUGGUGCUGGUCAACUGUACGCAGUGCCAGCAGGGCGUCGUCAUGAGCGUCUACGAAACGGGAAAGGCGCUCAUCGACGUCGGCGUGACCCCUGGCUCGGAUAUGACCCCCGAGGCGGGCCUCACCAAACUGGCCUACGUGCUGUCCAAGAGCGAGUGGGACGUCGAGACCAAGCGACAAAUGAUGCAGAGCUGCCUCAGGGGAGAACUCACAGUACCCAGGUCACAGAGUUACAAUGGUUGCGAGAACAGGGAUGGUGAGGAUGAAUUUGGGAAAGACCUGAUGGCAGCCCGCCUGUGCGCGGCCGUGGUGAAAAAGGACGUGGCCAGGGUGGAGGAGAUUUUGGAAAAUGGUGCUGACGUGAAUUGCGUCACUCCUGGCGAUAGACGUUCCGCCCUGCACGUGGCCUGCACCGAAGGGGAUGCAGGAAUUGUGCGGCACCUGUUGCUGGCAGGCGCCUCGCAGGACAUUCUAGACAGACACGGCCGAUCCCCCCUGAUGGACGCUGUGACCUUCGACCACCACGAAACCAUUUCCGUCCUGCGAUCGUUUGGCGCCUCUUUGCAAGCGAGCAACUAUGGCAAUCUAAUUUGCGAGGCGGCUGCGAAAGGAGACGUGAUGCGCCUCAAGUCCUACCAGCUUGCCGGUGCAGAUCUAGGCCAAACAGACCUGAGCGGCAGGACGCCUCUUCACAUGGCGGCCCUGUUUGCUCGUCUCCAAUGCGUGUCACUUCUACUGGAAGCCAAAGUGUCUCGAGAGCCGAUGGACGCUUUGGGAGACACACCUUCGGACCUGGCGGCCCGCAGAAAUUACGGCGCCGUCCUCAACAUGCUUGAAUGCGCCGACUAGCAAACUAAGCACAAGCACAAUUGAUAUAUUUGUACAUACACCCAUUUACAGAUAUUUUUUGCACAAAUGAGAAAUGGAAAUAAUAAAGAAAGGUUAAC